AUGUUGUCCCUCGUCCUCACAGUCUUUUUCUUGCACGUCGCAAUUUUCCUGGUCAAUACGGUCGGCGCGAGUACCGUCGAUGGUCUUCUAUGGCUCCUUUAUCUAAAACUGCCGACCUCAACCUCGCGGACUGCACGGAAGCAGCAGGAGCUGAAGCGCCAGGUCCUCGAGCAGAAACACGAAAUGAACAGCACAAGCUCCCAGGAUGAGUUUGCGAAGUGGGCGAAGGCUAGAAGACGACACGACAAGACUAUGGAGGAAUACGAAGCGCUGAACAAGACCCUCACCUCUAAAAAGUCCUCCUUCGACUGGACCGUCAAGAUCGCCCGCUGGAUCAGCACAAACGGAUUGAAGAUGUUCCUCCAAUUCUGGUACUCGAAAACGCCUGUUUUCCCGCUUCCCGAGGCUUGGUUCCCCUACUAUGUUGAAUGGAUCGUGUCCUUCCCUCGCGCCCCGCUUGGAUCCGUCAGCAUCCAGGUAUGGAGCAAUGUCUGUGCGACUAGCAUUGCGUUCGCCGCCGAGCUUGUAGGAGCACUGCUGGUGCAGGUGGCUGGCCAGAAGAAGGAACCCAAGGAGGAUGCGCCUGUCGGUGCUGAGGGCAUCAAGGCCCAGUGA